UGUUACCUUUUCUGUUUGACAAACAGAGAAUUUCAAAUACGUAGGAUAAUGUAACUAAGCACCUGUCUCAUGCCUUUCCCUCACACAUGUACUACCCAAUCUGAAUCCUUUCAUCUCUUUAGUUGUUGCUAUUUCACAGGUUCUGACUGUGUCUUCUAUGUCUCCGGCCUUUUGUUUUUUUUUACGAAUCCAUGUCUCUGGCCAAUCUGGAUACGUGCUCCCUGGUACCUUUUCUGUUUGACAAACAGAGAAUUUCAAGUACGUACGAUAAUGUAACUAAGCACUUUCAUAUGAGUUUUGCAGAUAAUUCAAAUUUACUUGGCUAAUUCUACCGGUCUAUGUUUCUUCCUGAAACAAACAGAUGGUACAUUGGGCUGAUUUCUGCAACUUAUGAUGGAACAGAUGGAACAGUCAGUUGCUGCAUUUUACUUAUUUCUGCAGCCUAUGAGCCUUUUAUUCCAUGAAGUUUCUCAGAGUCCGCUUUUCGGAUCACUACAUAUUUCUUUCACUGUAGGAUUCACAUGGUUACAUGCUAACUGCAGCAUUUGAGGAAAAAUAAUUGCAGGGACAAUUAUUCAAUUGCUAUAUCUAGUAUAGAAGAAGCUGAAAUAUGAAUCCAGUUCACUUAUCAAGAUAAAAUAUUCUUAUUCCUUUAUGAUCACAUAUCAUGCCAUCUGAACUUUAAGGCAUUGGUUCCAUUAAUUAGUCUGAUACUCUGAUCUGCCUAUUGAUCUCCUUGGACGUAUUCGACCAUUUUGAUGUCUGUUGUUUCUAUGGUUCAUGAUGACGAUAAUCUCAAAGCAUUGGUUAACGCUUAUGAGUAAGCAGGUCAAAGUAUCUUCACCUUAUGAGAUUCAGCAUAAGAGAUCAUCCUGGUUGAAUUGUCCAGGGUCGUGUAUUUGCUUGAUUCUUCUGUACACGUACAAAUUAACUUGGCUAUGAUGCACACACACUUCAGGUCUGAAAUAUUUGACCAUGUUUGCAUAACAUAAGUGUACUUAAUAUCUUCAUUUUCCUGGUUGUCUUGCAAUAAAAUAGGCGUUGUUCAUCAUGAAGCUGAAUACAUAAGCAUUUCCUAAAAUUGUAGUGGAUUAGCGUUCUUAUUAAUCUGCAACAAAUAUGUAGACAUAUUUUUGACACAACAUUUAGAGUUUAUCGGUGCUUCUUACGAAUAAAAGCAAUCCAGUUCUUACAUUUUUUUUAGUUGCUAUUCCUAUGUAGAUCUAUUUAUAUUAUCUUUCUUUCAAAUACUAUGUGUACCGCAGCAACGCUCGAGGUAUCAACUAGUUCAUAAGAAAAACCAACCCCGUGGCUAAACUUCGGCCCAGCGCCAACAGGCUCGGCGCAAAUCUCAAAGCUCGUCAACACCGCUCCAUUCGCCGUGGAACGUGCUUGCGUGUUCUUUGGUUCUUCCCCGAGCUAAGCUCUGCCUUCCCCUUCCGUCCAUUGCAACGCACCGGAAAUCCUCCGCCACAUAGUUCGGGAAAAAUAGAUUCACCGCCGGCGCUCAGCAGUUGGAUUCUGGAAUCCGCAAGCUCGGGGUGUUUGGCGGAGGUAGCAUUCCACGGUUCGGUAGGCGAGCUCGCGGAUAGCUAGGCACGGAUUUGGGCGUCGGAGCUUCAGGGGUUCCCAUUGAUUUACUGAAAUGGCCGGAAAAGGAAGCUAUGUUCCACCCCAGUAUGUUCCAUUAUAUGGCCUAGACACUGAAGAGGACCGCGUUCCUGCGGUGGAGGAGAACAUUGCUGCACGCCAUAAAUUAAGCAGGGAUCCUACACAAUGGUCGUCAGGCAUCUGUGCUUGUUUUGAUGAUCCACAGAGCUGUUGUAUUGGCGCAGCUUGUCCCUGCUUCCUUUUUGGAAAGAAUGCACAGUUCUUAGGAUCUGGAACUCUUGCUGGAUCAUGCACCACGCAUUGCAUGCUCUGGGGUCUUCUGACAAGUUUCUGCUGUCUGUGCACUGGGGGCCUUGUAUUAGCAGUUCCAGGAUCUGCUGUUGCUUGUUAUGCUUGUGGAUACCGCCAAGCACUAAGAACAAAAUACAAUCUUCCGGAAGCACCAUGCGGUGAUUUGACGACACACUUAUUCUGCCACUUGUGUGCCAUAUGCCAAGAGUACAGGGAGAUCCGUGAGAGAACAGAUAGUAACAACUCUUCAGCUCCUGAUGUUACCCCACCUCCAGUGCAGACAAUGGAUGAACUUUGACUGGAGUAGAUGAUAUGAAUAUAUUCUGCCUGACAAAUCUUUUGUUUUGUUUGACAUGCCUUUGCCUGUGCCUGCGAGUGUUUGUCAGUUGAUGUUGUUGUGCACUGUUCCCAGUCCUAAUAGGAGGUCAGGUUUUAUAGAGCUGCUGUAAAGAUAACUUGAAAACUACGUAAUGGACAACACAGAAAUGUGUAAGCUGUUGUAGCUCGAUUGUUACAUGUAACAUUUAUUUUUUUAUCCAUAUAUUUUUGGGUUGAAAUGAGAAGGAAAACAAAAGAAGUGAUUUCCUUUUGUCUAA